UAUCAUCACUUCCUUGGCUCUUUUCGCUUUCAUCCAUUCUAGAUCUCCUUGCUGUUGCCUGACAUUCAAACUUCAGAAGAACAAAAACAGUUGACCAUGGGGGCGAUGAGAGCGGCUCGGACCUUCAUGCUGGUGGUGUUUGUGGUCUUAGCACAAGGAUUUCAUGUCACAGAAGGAAAUUUACUGAAAGAAGUUACCACUAUUGCUACUACAACUCCAAUAAAAUGUGAGAAUGGAGGAUUGACAGAUGGAAUUAAAUGUAUCUGUCCAGUGGGAAACGUCUUUGGAGUCAGAUGUGAACUUGUCCGAGAUCGAGUCCCUUUGGGUAGAUCACUUGAUGCUACAAUUAGAGUGGAGCUAUUAGUUACUGGUUUUCCAUUUGCAAAUGACCUGAAUGAUGUCUCAUCUCCAUCAAGCGUGUUAUUAAACAAAACACUCACAGAAUUGGAGAAAGACAUGCUUCCAGGUUACUUCCAAGGAAUAAAGAUCACAAAUGUUCAAAACGCCACCAACAAUAUUGUCGUCAUUCAUGAUGUGAUUCUAAGAAUUCUAUUCAGUAAAACUGAGACUGUCGCUGAUCAAUAUGCAAAAAACUACAAGGAGGUGGGGAAAAUACUCAAUACAGAAAAAUGUCAAACUGGUGAUAAACCUUCUUGUAUUAAAGGACUAAGGGCAAUUACCCCAAAUAUUCCACCCACUGAAAAAGAGCUCUGCGUGAGAAACAUUAGUGCGUUCUUUGUUAGCUCCUUUGAUGCUGUGGUGAAAGAUGAUGAAGGUCUGUCCUGUGUAUCUCAGUGUGAUUUAUCCUCACCAAGAUAUGUCAACUGCACUGACGGAACCUGCCAAAUCAAAAAAGAUGGAGCUGAAUGCUUCUGUCCCAAUACAGACAAGUACCUUUACACCUACUCUCGAUGUCGUGGAGCCGUGUUAAUCGUAGCCAUGUAUGGAGGGGUUGGGGCCGCCAUUGUUGUGUUGGUGAUCGUUUCCGUGAUUCUAGGGGUCUUCUUCUACAGAAAGAAGUAUUACUACUAAGGGGGACUUUUUGUGAUAAUAGUGGUUCUCCUAUUCCAUUAUGUGGAUGGAUCACUGGAAUGUGAACUGUUUAUUGGACACUUUACAAUGCACUUUUUUGAAUAAUGCUCAUAGAUCAAUGAAUUAAGAUCUGGUCAACAAAAGAGUCGCUGAGGGAAAUGUUCCGAUGAUAGCUAUGUCUUUUCUAUAAAGGAAACCUUUUCCAUA